GUCCAUCUGUCUGUACAUGUGUGAAUGAGUAACCAUUUGUGAACUCCGUCGGACAUGCUUUCUUGUCGUGCUAGUGACGAUCCUAUUAGUAAGAUACGUGACGCCGUGCCAAACGUUUCGUGUGGAAGUUGUCGCAAGAUAUUUACACACGGCGCAUACACGUGGCCGCCAUAUUACGUUGAAACGUAUUACCUUAUCUGUAGAAAACGACAGUCUGACCUGGUGUUAUACUAAAAGAAAAAGUGCAAUCCAAAAAUUUGUACCUGUUGCCGAGAUAGCCGCAGCAAUCUAGGUAAUUAAACGAAAAAUCGGUUUUUGAAUCCGAUGAUUUGAAUUUUGAUCGAAGAUAUUUUUAGUGAGGAACAUGGAAAUUCUGGGCGUGAAAUUUGCACCAUUAAACGUACCUCUGGAAAGAAGACUACAAACGCUAGUUGUUGCGAUAUGGAUUUUUCUCACCGUUUUCGGGAAUUUUUGGGGAUACCUAAUUACGGUUUAUCUUAUAUUCUAUACAGAAACGAUACGCUAUUUUUUGUUACUAUAUUUCCUCUGGAUGUAUUACGAUUGGGACACUUGCCAUAGUGGUGGUAGAAGUGAGAUUCAGUGGACAAGAAUGGUACGAAACAACGUGUUUUGGCGUUAUUUUUGUAAUUAUUUUCCGUUAAAAUUAGUGAAGACGGUAGAUCUAGAUCCCAAAAAAUCUUAUUUUUUCGUUUGUGUACCUCAUGGUAUUUUAUCGAUUGGAAUAAUUGGUUCAUUUGCAACAGACGUAUUGGAUUGCAAGAAGCUAUUUCCCGGACUUGAAAUCCGUCUAAUCACUCUCGAUCAACACUUCAAAAUACCUCUAUUCAGAGAAUAUCCUUAUUUCUUAGGUAGUUGUGCUUCUAGCGUGAGAAGUAUCAAGUAUUUAUUAUCGACACCACCAAAAGAUCCAUAUACCGGGAAAGCUACAGUUCUUAUUGUUGGUGGUGCUUCUGAAUCGAUGGAAUCAACGCCGGGCACUUAUCGUGUCAUCAUAAAAAGAAGAAAAGGAUUUGUGAAACUGGCACUAAAAUACGGUACGGCGUUGGUUCCUGUCCUCUCUUUUGGCGAAACGGAUUUGUACAAUCAAAUAUAUAGCCCAGAAGGAUCGACUUUCAGACGCAUACAGAAUUAUAUUCGCAGCAUUAUUGGACUAGCACCUGUCGUUGUUUCGGGCAGAGGAUUCUUUCAGUAUUCAUUUGGUCUUAUUCCGAAGCGAUUACCUGUCACCGUAGUCGUUGGCAGUCCUGUUGAACUACCAAAAAUAGCUGAACCCACGACUGAACAAAUCAACGAAUACCACGAAAAAUUUAUGAAAAGUUUAGUUGAACUUUUCGAAACGCAAAAGUAUAAUUAUAUAAAAAAUGCAGAUAAUGUUACUCUCGAACUAUGA